AUGACCGGACGGAUUGCAGGCACACGCAAGUACUCAGACGAAGGUGCUCGCGACAUUAUUUCGAAUGUCCCCCACCACCUUCGGUGCAACUUUCACUCAUUGGAGUCACCAACGGGCAUCCCGAAGACAACUCUUAGGCGUCUCCUCAAAGCUAAGAAGCUUCGUCGAACAACGAAUCGGCUCAAGCCUAUGUUGACGGCAGAUCAUCGCCUUGCACGAUACAACUUUGCCAAGUCAUUCAUGCGUGCUGGUCAGCUUGGCACUCGUCGUUGGCAUGACAUGAUGGGCAUUGUUCAUAUCGACGAGAAGUUGUUUUACAUCACACAAGUCAACCGUCGAUUCUAUCUUUGGCACGACGAGGCCGUUCCACAACGUAAAGCCCAGUCAAAACGGCAUAUCACGAAGGUCAUGUUCUUGUGUGCUGUUGCUCGUCCUCGGCAUGACAGCCAACGUCAUGCAAUGUGGGAUGGCAAGGCUGGUCUAUGGCCAUUCGUUGAGACCAAGUUGGCAAAGCGGAAGAGCAAGAAUCGAGACCGCGGCACUCCUGUGACUGUUCCUAUGAGCGUGACCAAGCCCAUUUACAGCAACUACCUGAUUGACAAGGUGUUUCCAGCAAUCCAAUCCAAGUGGCCUGAUCGUCGUGGAAGACCCAUUUUUGUGCAACAAGACAAUACAAAACCGCAUUUGGCGGCGGAUGACGCUGCCGUGAAGGCGGCGGGUCAGAUGAACGGUUGGAACAUCCAGCUCACGUGCGUUGAAGGAGCGUUCAAGAAUCUGAAGUGGGCCAUUUUGGACAAGACCUUCAUGGCUUUACAGAAGGUUUUGGAGGAGUCAAUGAAGAUGGACAGCGACAAUGUGUACAAGCUACCGCAUUUGAAGAAGGACAUUCAACUGAAGGCGGGUCAUCAUGAGUUGCGGCCGUCAUUCGACGAAGAAGUCCUUUUCGCUAUUGAUUUGAUGGAGAGUCGAUUGCAGGACGAGCAAAGAGUCGACGAAAUUGCUCUUGACAGCAUUGAUGAGCUCGUGGAACGACUGAAUGAUGUUGCAGUAGUGAAGCACAUCAUCCACCUGUUCGUCCCUGGGCUAUACCCAGACAUUGCGCGGCUCUGCCAGCGCAUCCAUCUCCAUGAGUACCACGACUUCCAGCACUGCAAAUGGUUUGUAGCUGGUUCAAGGCUCGUGCCACACCCAGCGCUCAGGUACGUCCGGCGGUUUGAGAGCUCUGGGUUUGGGCCGUUCUAUUGGGAGCGCGGUGUCCAUGGCGUCCUGAGGCUAUUGGCAUGCAAACCGGGCUUUCUCGCCAUUGUGACAGCUCACGCGGCUCCACAUCAUCAACUGGCGCAAGCAACACUCAAUGGAAUCGGCGUUGGACACAUUCUUCUGCGGUACUCAGGGCGUAGCUCGUAG